CAAACAGCUUGUAAAGUCAUCUGAACACACAAGAAAACUGGUCUUGAUCCAGGUUUCAAAGGGUUAAAAUGGAGUUAAAGGUUAAUCCAGAUCAUGGUGAACGUGUUCUGUUCAGUCAGUUUCUCUGGAGCUUCAGCCGGGGAAGAUGACGGCGUUGGUGGGUCCCUCCGGCAGCGGGAAGACGUCCUGCGUCAGCCUCCUGAAGAGGCUGUAUGAACCUCAGAGGGGACAGAUCCUGCUGGACGGAGAACCGCUGCACCGUUACAAACACAAAUACCUCCAUCAAAAGAUGGCCCUGGUAUCCCAGAAUCCUGUGCUGUUUUCUGGUUCUCUGCGGUACAACAUUGAGUACGGCCUGAAGGACUGCCCCGCGGAGAAGGUGAAGGAAGCCGCAAAGAAGGCGAAAGCAGACAACUUCAUCUCUGAACUGGAGGAUAAAUAUGACACAGAUGUCGGGGAGAGUGGUGGCAGACUCUCAGAUGGGCAGAAGCAGUGCAUCGCCAUCAUCAGAGCUCUGGUUCGAGAGCCGCAAGUCAUCAUACUGGACGAGGCGACCAGCAAACUGGAUGUUGAAGUGCAGCAUGCUGUGAGUAAAAAACACAGUCAGGACGUGUCUUCGCCACAGGAGCACCCGCUCAGUGAUUAUAUUCCUCCUCUUUAAACGUGAUCCCCGUUAACGAUGGCUGUGUCCCAUUCAGGUGUCUCACU